AUGGAGAAUGAAGAAAGCCUGCUCCAGGAAGGCGAAGAGGAGGAGCUGAAGAUCUACGGGUACAACUUCUGCCGCUGGAAGCUGGUCUUUGUGGCCGGAGGGGUGCUGUGCUCGGGCGGCCUCCUCCUCCUCCUCCUCUACUGGAUGCCGGAGUGGCGGGUGAAGGCCACCUGCCAAAGGGCUUCGCUGAGACGCUGCCAGGUGGUCCUGCUGAGAACCACCGACGAAUUCCAGACCUGGUUCUGCGCAAAGGUCCGCACCGUCUUGUCCCUGGGGCGCCACCCCUUGCAGGCCCCGGCAGAGCUGGCCUCGGACAAGGUGGCCAAUGGCUCCAGCACCCCUCUCUGCGUCCCUCCCUCGGAAGAGAACGGCAGCAGCACAGCAACGUGGUCUGUAUUUCUUGCCUUCCAGCUGCGCUAUUUCACCCACCACAGCGUGAAGUACUUCUGGGAUGACGCGGUGCAGAACUUCAUUUCCAUAAAGGGUUUGGACGAGUCCACCUCCUGCGCUUCCAUCCACCGGGAACACAGCACAGGGCUGACGAAGGAGAUGCAGGACUACAGGAAGAUUUUCUACGGACUGAAUGAAAUUGCGGUCAAAGUGCCUUCCAUUUUUAAACUGUUGAUUAAAGAGGUCCUCAAUCCUUUCUACAUUUUCCAGCUGUUCAGUGUGAUCCUAUGGUGCACGGACGAAUAUUACUACUAUGCAAUCGCCAUUGUGAUCAUGUCUCUGAUCUCCAUCGCCAGCUCUCUGUACAACAUCCGAAAGCAAUACACGAUGCUGCACGACAUGGUGGCAACUCACAGCAUCAUCAGGGUGUCCGUCAACAGAGCCAACCACGGGAUGGAGGAGGUCCUGUCCACGGACCUGGUGCCCGGGGAUGUCAUCGUGGUCCCGCUCCGGGGAAUGAUCAUGCCCUGCGAUGCGGUGCUUCUCAGCGGGACCUGCAUCGUCAAUGAAAGCAUGUUGACGGGGGAGAGCGUCCCGGUCACCAAGACCAACCUGCCCAACCCGUCCAAGGACUCGCAGGCCCUGGAGGGCGAAGUGUACGACCCGGACGGGCACCGGAGGCACACCCUCUUCUGUGGCACGACGGUCAUUCAGACCCGCUUCUACACUGGGGAGCUGGUCAAGGCGGUGGUCGUCAGGACAGGUUUCAGCACUUCGAAAGGGCAGCUGGUGCGCUCCAUCCUGUACCCGAAGCCCACCGACUUCCAGCUCUACCGCGAGGCCUACCUGUUCCUGCUCUGCCUGGUGGGCGUGGCGGGCAUCGGCUUCAUCUACACCAUCGUCAUCAGCAUCCUCCACCAGGUUCCCGCUCGCACUAUCAUCAUUGAGUCUCUGGACAUCAUCACCAUCACGGUCCCUCCGGCCCUCCCUGCUGCCAUGACGGCCGGGAUCGUCUACGCGCAGCGGCGGCUGAAGAAGGUCGGGAUCUUCUGCAUCAGCCCCCAGAGGAUCAACAUCUGUGGGCAGCUGAACCUCGUCUGCUUUGACAAGACAGGGACCCUGACGGAGGAUGGCCUGGACCUCUGGGGCAUCCAAAGGGUUGAAAGUGCCUGCUUCCAGCUGCCCGAGGAGAGCGCCUGCAAGGAGAGCCUGGUGCGCUCGCCCUUCAUCGCCUGCAUGGCCGCCUGCCAUUCCCUCACUAAGAUCGAAGGGGAGCUCUCCGGAGAUCCGCUUGAUCUGAAGAUGUUUGAAGCCACCGGAUGGGUGCUGGAAGAGGCAACGGAGGAGGAGACGGCCCUUCACAACCGGAUCAUGCCCACGGUUGUCCGGCCGGCUAAGCAGCUUCUUCCAGACUUCCAUGCUGGAAACAACAAGGAAAUGGAACUGUUUCAGCUCCCGGCCAGUUACGAGAUCGGGAUCGUGCGGCAGUUCCCCUUCUCUUCCGCUCUGCAGCGGAUGUGCGUGGUGGCCCGGAUCCUGGGGGAGAAGAAGAUGGACGCCUUCAUGAAAGGGGCCCCGGAAGUGGUUGCGGGGCUGUGCAAGCCGGCCACUGUGCCGGCCGACUUUGAGCGGGUGCUGGAGGAGUUCACCCGGCAGGGCUUCCGGGUCAUCGCUCUGGCCCACAGGAAGCUGGAGUCCAAGCUCACCUGGCACAAGGUGCAGAACGCUGCCCGAGACGCCAUCGAGGCCAACAUGGACUUUAUGGGGCUCAUUAUCAUGCAGAAUAAACUCAAGCCAGAAACUCCAGCUGUACUUGACGACUUGCACAAGGCCAACAUCCGCACCGUCAUGGUCACAGGCGACAACAUGCUGACCGCCAUUUCCGUGGCCCGGGACUGUGGCAUGAUUCUACCUCAGGACAAGGUCAUUGUGGCUGAAGCACUACCUCCCAAGGACGGGCACCCCGCCAGGAUCAAGUGGCACCACGCAGAUGCCCUCGAGAGGGAUCCCGAGGCCGAUAUUCCCAUUAAACUUGCCCAGCAGAACUUUGAGGACUUCCACAAAACCAAAUUCCAUUUUGCCAUGAACGGGAAGUCCUUCGCUGUCAUCCAGGAGCAUUUCCAGGACCUGGUGCCCAAGCUUGUGCUGCACGGCACAGUUUUCGCCCGCAUGGCCCCGGACCAAAAGACGCAACUGGUGGAGGCCCUGCAAAACGUGGACUACCACGUGGGGAUGUGCGGAGACGGAGCAAAUGACUGUGGGGCUCUGAAGAGGGCCCAUGGCGGCAUUUCACUCUCCGAGCUGGAAGCGUCCGUCGCUUCUCCCUUCACCUCCAGGUCAGCCAGCAUCUCCUGCGUGCCGAACCUGAUCAGGGAAGGCCGGGCUGCCCUAAUGACUUCCUUCUGCGUGUUCAAAUUCAUGGCUUUGUACAGCCUCAUCCAGUACCUCAGCGUGACUCUGCUCUACUCUGUCCAGAGCAACCUGGGAGACUUCCAGUUCCUCUUCAUCGACCUGGCCAUCAUUUUGGUGCUGGUCUUCACCAUGAGCCUGAACCCGGCGUGGACAGAGCUCGUGGCUCAGCGGCCGCCCUCCGGCCUCAUCUCGGGGGCCCUCCUCUUCUCCGUCCUGUCCCAGAUCCUCAUCUGCCUGGGCUUCCAGGUCCUGGGCUUCCUGUGGGUCAAGCAGCAGCCCUGGUACACGACUUGGACCCCCUCCUCGGACGCCUGCAACCUCUCGGCUGCGGCCAACGGUUCCCAGCCGGCCAACGUCUCCCAUCACGAUGAGCACAACAUCCAGAACUACGAGAACACCACCCUCUUCUUCAUCUCCUGCUUCCAGUACCUCAUCGUGGCCGUGGUCUUCUCCAAGGGCCGGCCCUUCCGCCAGCCUUGCUACAGGAACUAUCUGUUCGUGAUCUCCGUGGUCGCCCUUUACGCCUUUGCUCUGACCAUCCUGCUGCACCCGGUGGCAGCCAUCGAAUCCUUCUUGGAGCUGGUCUGCGUGCCUUACGCCUGGCGGGUCACGGUUCUCGUCAUCGUCAUCGCCAACGCCGUGGUGUCCUUGCUGGUGGAGAACUUUCUCCUUGACCUGGUCCUCUGGAAGGUCCUCUUCAGUCGAGACAAGCCGGGGGAGGACCGGGUCAGGCCCAGCUUCCCACCCUCUCUCUCCUUCCAGGAGGGGCUGGACCGCUGCUGUGGAUGCUCCUUGCUGGGGCUGCUGGGCCUGAAGAAGAGGCCGCCCAAGGCCCGCUACAUGCACCUGGCCCAGGAGCUGCUGGUGGACCCGGAGUGGCCGCCCAAGGGCCGCACCACCACCGAGGCCCCCGGCCCCUCCUGCCGAAACGGCUCCUGCCAAGUGGUCACCAUGACGUAG